GCUAUUUAAGGAGAUGCCCGCUCCCUCGUGUUUUCAUAUCGUUACACAACCAGCUCCACUCUCUCUCUACAUCUUCUCUUCAGGAGCGAUCUGUAAGGUUGCAGAUAGAAAAGGAAAAUGGUGAAGAUUUGCUGCAUUGGGGCUGGCUAUGUUGGGGGUCCUACCAUGGCUGUGAUAGCACUUAAGUGCCCAUCCAUUGAAGUUGCCGUUGUUGAUAUUUCUGUUGCUCGUAUCACAGCCUGGAACAGUGAGCAGCUUCCCAUCUACGAGCCUGGCCUUGACGAUGUGGUGAAGCAGUGCCGGGGUAAGAAUCUCUUCUUCAGCACUGACGUGGAGAAGCAUGUCUGUGAGGCUGAUAUUGUCUUUGUUUCUGUCAACACCCCAACAAAGACUCGGGGCCUUGGAGCAGGAAAAGCUGCAGAUCUGACAUACUGGGAAAGCGCAGCCCGUAUGAUUGCUGAUGUGUCAAAAUCUAACAAAAUUGUAGUUGAGAAAUCAACGGUCCCUGUCAAAACAGCUGAGGCAAUUGAGAAAAUUCUAACCCACAACAGCAAGGGAAUUAGCUUUCAGAUUCUAUCAAACCCUGAAUUCCUUGCAGAGGGAACUGCAAUCAAAGAUCUUUUUAAUCCUGACCGGGUCCUCAUUGGAGGUAGGGAGACCCCAGAAGGCCAGAAGGCAAUCAAAACAUUGAAGGAUGUUUAUGCCCACUGGGUUCCUGAAGACCGAAUCAUAUGCACAAAUCUAUGGUCAGCAGAACUGUCAAAGCUUGCAGCCAAUGCUUUCCUGGCCCAAAGAAUCUCAUCUGUUAAUGCCAUGUCUGCUCUCUGUGAGGCUACUGGAGCAGAUGUCGCACAGGUGUCAUAUGCUGUUGGUACGGACACAAGGAUUGGGCCCAAGUUCUUGAAUGCUAGUGUUGGUUUUGGUGGGUCUUGCUUCCAGAAGGAUAUUUUGAACCUGAUUUACAUUUGUGAGUGUAAUGGCCUUCCAGAGGUGGCAGAGUACUGGAAACAAGUCAUUAAGAUUAAUGAUUAUCAGAAGAACCGAUUUGUGAACCGUAUUGUUGCCUCUAUGUUUAACACAGUUUCAAGCAAGAAGAUUGCCAUUCUAGGGUUUGCCUUUAAGAAGGACACUGGAGACACCCGGGAGACCCCUGCUAUUGAUGUGUGCAAGGGGCUGUUGGGUGACAAGGCCCGGUUGAGCAUAUAUGAUCCGCAGGUCACUGAGGACCAGAUUCAGAGGGACCUUACAAUGAACAAGUUUGAUUGGGACCAUCCCCUUCACCUCCAGCCAAUGAGUCCCACUACUGUGAAGCAAGUGAGUGUUGUUUGGGAUGCCUACACGGCAACAAAGGAUGCUCACGGUGUUUGCAUUCUUACUGAGUGGGAUGAGUUCAAGACUCUUGAUUACCAGAAGAUAUAUGAUAACAUGCAGAAACCAGCUUUUAUUUUUGAUGGCAGGAACAUCGUGAACGCUGAUAAACUGAGGGAGAUUGGUUUCAUUGUGUACUCAAUUGGUAAGCCUCUGGAUGCAUGGCUCAAGGACAUGCCUGCUGUGGCAUAAUGGAGAUCCUUUGAUCAGGUGGCUUGUCAUGAAAUCAGCUAGACUCUAUAGCUUUAAGGCAAUCAGUGGGAUUUCCGAUGCUUCUUAUUUUUGGUUAGUCAAGAGGAUGAUUGGUGGUCUUACCAUUUUGGUCAAAAUAAGAGGCUUUGUGUUUUACCUUACAUUGUAUCCAGUGAUAUUACCUACUGCCUGUUAGUUGUUUUCUAAUAGAACUUGAUUUGUUUGGUUUAA